CAUCACCACGCUGGCUCUCACUCCCCUCUCUCGUGACGUCAGGCUCCUCUCGCGCGGCAUGAUGGGAGAAUCCUAAUGUUUUCCAACAGAUGCUCCAAGAACAGCUUUCAGAUUAAAGCAAUUGCAAGAGCAAAGAUUCUUCUUUUUUCCUUUUUUCCCGGGGGGUGGGGGGUGGGGUGGGGGAGGGAGCGCCCCCAGAAAUUCCUAGACAUCACCCCCUGCCCCAAGCAUGCAAUAAACACUGCCAAGAAAAAGUUUUUAUUUCCUGGUUCAACUUUUUUUUUUCCUGGAAUAUAGACUGAAGAAUGGGAAUAAACACGAAUAAAUAACAGAGCGAGGCCGCGCACGCCGGGAUGUGCCUGGCUGCAGCCGCGAGGCUAUUGUCUCAGCGCCCUGAAGCCAGCCCCGGCCUCGUCCUCCGGCUCCUUCCCUUUUCCUGUGCUUUUUGAUUUUCCUUUUUAAAACGACGACCCCUCCAGCCCUCUCGCCAGUGACCUUGGCCGCCUCGGAUGCUCUGAUUCCACGCGGCUCCCUCCAACUUGCCCCCUCGCCGGCCGGGCCCAUGGCCGCGUCCGAGGACGGGAGCGGCUGCCUCGUGUCGCGGGGCCGCUCGCAGAGUGACCCCAGCGUCCUCACCGACUCCUCGGCCACCUCCUCUGCUGACGCCAGGGAGAACCCAGAUGAGACGGAACAAACCCCCCCGGCGCGCUCCGAGUAUCUGGUCUCAGGGAUUCGAACUCCGCCCGCGAGGAGGAGCAGCAAACUGGCCACCCUGGGCAGGAUCUUCAAACCCUGGAAGUGGCGGAAAAAGAAAAAUGAAAAACUGAAGCAGACGACGUCGGCCUUGGAGAAGAAGAUGGCCGGCAGGCAGGGGCGGGACGACCUCAUCAAGAAAGGGCUGCUGGAGAUGAUGGAGCAGGACGCUGAGAGCAAAGCAGGCAGCCCUGAUGGAGGCCCCCGAGCUGCGCAGAGCGAACCUUCCACGCCCAGGCAGGAGCCCCUGACUUCAGAGGAAGCCCAGCCGGGAAGCCCUUCAGCCGCUGGGACAGACCAGGCUUCCCUGGAUGAACCGCUGUCCUCGGAAACCCAUUCAGAUGAUGCAGCCAAGACGUCAUCAGCAUCCAGAGGUGACGAAGCAGACGCCGCCGGCAGCCGCCCACCUGCCAUGGACGAGCCGUCUCAAGCCUUAGCUGGGCCCGAUGCCCUGGACAGUCCUCCCAGACCCCUGGACAGAUCCAUGGGCCAGCUUCCCAGCCCUCCGCUGCUGCCCACCCCGCCACCCAAGGCAGGCUCCACAGCCUCAAGAAGCACCCCAGGCCAGGCCACGCUCUUCCAAGGCUCUGGCGGGAAGAAUACUGACCCUCCGCUCCGAGGACAGCUUUCCACGCCCACGGGGUCUCCGCAUCUCCCCACCGUCCACCGGCCGCUGCCCCCCAGCCGCGUGAUCGAGGAGCUGCAUAGGGCGCUGGCCACCAAGCACCGCCAGGACAGUUUCCAAGGACGGGACAGUAAAGGGUCCCCGAAGAAGCGUGUGGAUGUCCGGCUGUCCAGGACGUCCAGUGUGGAGCGGGGCAAGGAGCGGGAGGAGGCUUGGAGCUUCGAUGGGGCCUCCGACGUCAAGCGGGCCGCCGCCAAGGAGUCCGAGGAGAACAAGGAGAACUUGCUGAUGAAUUCCGAGCUCAAGGACGACCUGCUUUUGUAUCAGGACGAAGAGGCGCUGAACGACUCCAUCGUCUCCGGAACCCUGCCGAGGAAAUGCAAGAAGGAGCUGCUGGCAGUGAAGCUGAGGAACCGGCCCAGCAAGCAGGAACUAGAAGACAGAAACAUCUUCCCCAGGAGGACGGACGAGGAGAGGCAGGAAAUCCGGCAGCAGAUUGAACUGAAGCUCUCCAAACGGCUGAGCCAAAGACCCGCCGUGGAGGAACUGGAGAGAAGAAACAUCCUGAAACAAAGGAAUGAUCAGACGGAGCAGGAAGAAAGAAGAGAAAUCAAGCAAAGAUUGACAAGAAAGCUUAAUCAGAGACCCACGGUUGAUGAACUGAGAGACAGAAAAAUUCUGAUACGAUUCAGUGAUUACGUGGAGGUGGCAAAGGCACAAGACUAUGACAGACGGGCCGACAAGCCCUGGACGAGACUGUCGGCAGCAGACAAGGCAGCGAUUCGUAAAGAACUGAAUGAAUACAAAAGCAAUGAAAUGGAAGUACACGCCUCAAGCAAGCACCUGACAAGAUUCCACAGGCCAUAGAGAUUUUCUUCUGAGAAGAAUUGUGUUUAAUUUUUGAUACCAACACUGAACAUUCAUCAGGGAACUUUCCUGACGCUCAUGACCACCUGCUGUGUUUGCGAAGGAGCAGGACCACAGGCAGGUGAAAUGUGGGUCGCUCUCACCUGUAAGAGGAGGAAGCGGGGGACGGCCUCCACUCUCUGGUGUCUGAGGAGUGUGAACAGUUGGGGUCGAUACAGCCCCCAGGAACUCUCCCAGAAGAAAACUCAGUUUUGCUUUGCAGCUCUGCGGUGCGAAGGAGGACGCGGUGUGCAUGUGCAGGUCACCGCCGAGGCUCUGAGUGCCGGACGAGUGACGCAGCGUCGUCAGUACCAUGUGGCCGAGACGUUUUUAUUCUGAUCACGAUUAAUUUGAGACUCUUUAAGUUCCUGUUAUACAAAAUGAUUUACUGUAUUAUACUUUUUCUUUUUUUUAUAUAAUGUCUAACAAAAAUACAGCUGCGACAUUUUGAUUCCUGUUAAUUUUGUUCUUUCAUUAAAUGACUACUUAUUGCAGGAAAUUAAUCUGGCCAGUACAGUUUCUUGGGGUUGGGGUGUGAGAUGUUUUUAGCACAGGGGUCUGUGAAACAAGUCCAAUUUUAUUACUUUUGAGCCAUCAGAAGCCAACCACAUCAAAGAGCAUUCAAACGUUUUGUGUAUUUUGUUUUGUAAAUUCUGUUAGUAUAUGUGAUUUCGUGCCCUGGAAAAUCAAAGUAUUCUUUUCAAGUGAAGUUUAUGGAUUAUUGAGUAAUGAACCUAGAAAUAAGUGAUAGCUUGUUGAAAAAGUCUGCCAAGAUGAAAAUUAUGCCUUAUUUAAGAGUAUUUUGAAGUUCGCAUUUGCAGACAGUAUUAAAAACGCAUUAUAAGAAGCAGAGGUUUAAAUGGAGGUGCGAUCGUAAAGAGGAAAUUUCCCUCCUCCAGCACAAAAAGGUAAAAAGUAAUCUUGCACAAAGGGGGAAAGUAAGUUAAAUAAAAAUAAAUAUUCCAAGUAAAUAUGUUUUGGCUUGGCCUUUGAGUAAGUGUCCUCGAGAAUGAGCCCACCCUCUCUGCUGGUCCAUCCAGGCAGCGAGCACAGUGCGUGGACUUUGGGACCUGGGCCCCAAUCCCAGCUCUGCACCUUGCAGCGAGAUAUUUAUUUCCUCCGCAGGAACAUCUCCCCGCCCCCCCAACACGGCUGUAAUCUUUGAAUGAGAUGAAGGAGGUCAGGUGCCAGCGCAGUGGCCAGCACAUUCUCAGCCUGACCAGGUGGCCCUGGAGCAGCUGAAUGUCCCUGUGACUUCUCACCGCACAUGUUACCUCAUUGCCUUCCGUGACCUUUCCUGUUCCGCUGCUUUAAGGCUGCGAUGGGUCAGCUGCCCAUGGAAACUGCUCAGCCUUUGAGGUAGCACUUUGUGCUGAGGGACUUAUGACCAGUCCUGGGUGCUAGACAACCUACUGUGAGUUGAACUGGGGUCUUUUAGAAGAAAUCACUGCAUGGUAGAAAAAGUCCAGCUCUACCUCUUACUUGCUGUAUAACCUUUUGUGAAUUGUUUGACUUCUCUGAGCCUCAGUUUCUGUGUCUGAAAUGAGAUGAUUUCUAAAUCCUUUCUAACCAGAAGUCAAUCCCUUAAUUUUAUAAGCAUUUAUGUGUAUGCAUAUAUACUGUGUAUUUAAUGUA